UCCUAACUGAGUAUUAUUGAAAUAUUAAUGAACAUAAUUCGGGCAAACAGUGAGUAUUAGUUAAAAAAAAAUCAAAAAUAAAUUGAAACCAACAACCAUCAGACCUGUUAUUCGCUGUAUAAGCAGUGCAACAAAAAUUGAAGCAUACCUUUAGGCGCAGCAACAAGUGGAAACAACAGCAAAAUUUUCUCUGUGUGUAGUAGCCAACCAACUCCAAAAAAAAAUAAUAAUAAAAAAUAAAAAUAUAUAUCCACCAAGCCAACUCAAACUAUCCACAUACCCAUACAAAACCCACAAAUCAAAUAUUAUAUCGAACCCUACAUGUGUUAGUGUGUAUGUGUGUUUUAUAUGUGAAAAGUGGUAGCAUUAAACCCUUGUACGCCAACUAUAACUCCAACAACUAAACAACAAUCAAGUGUAGCAGCAAAAGCAACCAGCUGCCAGCACAACAACAGCGACGGCUUGCCACAACAAAAGGUAUAGAUUUUCAGCUUGUUGGAAACCCACAUAUAAGCGCUUUUCAAUUUGCUUUGCAUUGGCUUUUUGAGUCGCUUGUCGUUUGUUUAGUUGCCACCGCAAGUUAAGUGAAAUAAAUCAGUCAAAAUUAGUCCGCGUUGCCAACCGACGUUGCUGUCGCUGUCGCCAUCAUCACCGUUGUCGCCGUUGUCAUCGCCGACGCCACAACUAUGCGCCAUGUCAAAACUUCGGCAUUACAGGUCCAUAGAUCAGCCCUGCGCCACGACCAACAUACGCAAAAAGACCAUGACAGCGAUAUGCUUUGUCUGCAACCUGCCCAUUUUGUCGCACCAGGUGGGCCUGGUGUGGCAGGGUGGCAAUGGCUGGGACGAUAUGGUCAGAGAGCAGCUGGAGGAGUCUACCAUACGACAGCGUUUGGGUGGUCGCCGCGACUCUGCGGCACAGAUAACCACGCCCCCUAGUACAUCACCGCCACCAGGUCUACAGCGUCGUCGGCGCAGCUCACUUGCUCAGCUCACCGAUAUUUUGCGCGAAUGGAGCGGCGGUGGCGCUGCCAAGCAGCCAACACAAAGUCAACGCCAAAAGGCGCAACUCAAUCGUCGCGAGACCUUAGCUGACCUGGCGCGCAGCCUACCAUGGCGCACCUCCACCACCGAUGCGUCAACUGGCCCCGGUGGCGGCACUACUUAUAUAACACCACGCAAACGUCGCGAGUCUAGCGCCGACUCGGGUAUACGCAGCAUGCGUUCACGUCGUGACUCGAACACGGCCGAGUUUGUGAAGCAUUGGAAUCGACGUGAGAGCACUGCCGCCGAGGAGCCCACUGUGGUGGUGCCGGUUGUCGUGGAGGGUCCCGGACGUAGCAGCUCGCGUCGCGGCUCGGGUGAAAGUUAUCUCUCGAGUCGACGCGACAGCAACAUUGGCCGUGCCACUACUCCGCCUCCGCCACCCAAGAUCGGUGGCAUGACCGCCAAGAAACGUGAUUCGUUGGCUGCACCCGAUUUUCCCAACUUCCGUCAAGAGCAACGUCCUUCAACUAGUUCAGCUGGCUCUGAUUCAGUACCGUUAAUAUCUACUACCAACUACAAUCAGGUCGAUUCUGCUUGUCAAGCACUACCGCCACCAACAAUCAUUACCAGCUCAGUGACACCGCCGGCCACUAGUCCCACCGCACCGUUGAAGGGACGUCGCGACUCGACUACGCAGUGUGGACGCGUUAAUCGACGCGAUUCUAAAGCCGGUAUAUCACCGGAACGUGCGCCACGCUUGCAACGUCUACAACGGCAAGCAACUGCUUUCGAUGAGAGCUGCCUGCCUGGCGGCAGUCGACGUGGCUCACAGCCGGCGCUUAGCCCCGAUCCGCCGGAGGAUUGUCCGGGUGCGCGCACGUCGCGUCGUGAUUCGCUUAGUCCGGACAGUGCAUCACGUGGCGGACGACGUGACUCACGCGCACAUCUCUCACCCGAUCGCAGUCACGAUCGCGACGGCAGUCCACGGCGGCAGACGCUGCGACGACAGAGCUCGUCGGCUGCACGCAGCUCACGUUCUCCCGAUUCGAAUAGCUGUUGCUCGUCGCGUGAUCCAAGUCCUUGCUCGCGACCACCACCAUUGGUGUCGGCGGAGACGAGCUCGCGACCGGCAAUUCGUAGACAAUCGACCACUGAAGAAAUUUUAAUAGCACGUGGCUUUCGUCGACAAUCGACUACAGAGGAAAUGAUACGUUGCAGAAACUUUCGACGUCAGAGCUCGCAAAGUGACGAUGUGUGUCGUUAUCGCGGUCGUCGCGAUUCAAGCGCACAAAUCAUUGAUGGCACCAUCGGCACAAUGACCGUGGAGACAACUAGUACUUUUUUCGAUUCCAGCACUCAGACCGAACCCUCGCCACUGUACGACAACAAUCACUAUCACGAGGAAUGCCUGCGCUGCAAUUCGUGUGGUCUAAAUUUGACAGGACCAAAUCAGAAGCGCGCUAGACGGUUCAAGAACCACAUUCUCUGCGACCUGCACUUCGCAGACGUUGCCCUAAUGGAGUGCUCCGAUUUUAUGCAACAGCUGAGAAGCUUCAAGCCACAAUCACUCGGUUGCGCCGUUGCGAGACGAAAAAGUUCAACAACGUUAAUUUUCCCGUUGCCGCCGCAGGCAUGUUCAGAUGAAUUUUGCGAAGAUUACCCCCACAAUCUCAUGCCCACACCCGGCUACUGGAUUGAAUGUUCACGACAGAAAAUCACAUUACCCACACUGCAUACGAAUUGGGAUGAAAGCGACUCAGAGCACGAAGAUAUACGAGCGGGCAGCUCCAGCGACGCAUAUCUCGAGCGUGAAUGCAGCGAUCUCUAUGAGGACGAUGAGGACUCGGAAGCGACACCCAGUCCUAGGAAAAAGACAACAAUCGAGGAUCAAUGGGAUCAACAGGGCGCCUUCGAGCUCAUCUCCGUUGAACAAGAGACAUACGAGAAGUACUUUUACGGCACCGAGCACUGGAACUAUUUUACGAGCGAUGAGGAUCUCGGCCCCGUCAUACUCUCCAUCAAACAGGAGACACUGAAUGGACGCGAUCAAUUUCGCAUACUGGUACGCGCCGGCUCGUAUACGGUGCAUGGACUGAUACCGGCGUCCUGUGUAUUCGCCGAUAGAUAUAAUCGCGAAGAAGUAGUUAGAUCACUAGGUAAAGAAGUUAAUUUGAAUCCACCGCUAACACUGGGGCAGCUACCCGAUACGCCCGAGGAGCUGUUGAAACUAGAUCAGGUUUUUAUAAAAUCCGAGCUGAAAGUCGGUGUGAUUUAUGUUAAAGAGGAUCAAUUCUCUGAGGAGCAAAUUUUAGACAAUAACGAAAAUUCCAUACUCUUCGAUGAAUUCCUAACGUUACUCGGCGAUCGUGUGCGUUUACGUGGUUUCGAUAAAUACAAAGGUGGCCUUGACACGGUACAUGAUUUGACAGGUCUCUAUUCGGUUUACACCAAUUGGCGUAACAUUGAGAUCAUGUUUCAUGUAUCGACGCUCUUACCCUACGAGAAGCAUGACCCGCAAAAGCUACAACGCAAACGUCAUAUCGGCAACGAUAUAGUCUGCGUAGUAUUUCUGGAAGCGGACAACACGCGCUUUAGUCCUGCCUGCAUUAAGUCACAUUUCCUGCAUACAUUUAUACUGGUUUGCGUCUCGGCUCGCAUCAAACACAAACCCACACGUUAUGAGGUUUCGGUGGUGACACGCGAUGAAGUCGGCGCCUACAAGCCGUACCUCUGGGAGCAGUCGGUGUUCGAGAAGGGUACAAUGUUUCGCGAAUGGCUACUCACGAAAAUCGUCAAUGGUGAACGUGCCUCAUAUUCGGCGCCGAAAUUUGCACGCAUGCAAGAGCGUACACGCUCGCAAAUGCUUGAGGAUUUGGUGAUGAAUUUAUCGAAUCAUGCUGAGACCGGACAGAUACCGAAACCGUACCGUAGGGGCUCGUGGCGACCCAUCGGUCAUAUGCGUCCCUCUUCGCCGCUGCUGGAUUCGGUGCGCGAUCAGUUUGAAGACUACGAUCAGUUGGCGAAAGAUUUUACACGUGUAUUCUUAAACGAAGAACCGUCGUGCCUACAAAAUGCGCAUCUCUUCGAUGUGGUCUUCCUGGUGGGGCAGUCGAAGCAGAAGGCGCGUUUCAUAGGCGUGCGCGCGAUAUUGGGUGUGCGCAGUCGUGUCUUUCAGGAAAUGCUUUACGGCAUACAGACCGGUUUUGGUUCGCCACAAAUACCAGUCGCCGAAAUUUUCGCACGCCCCGCACCCUCACUCGUGUCACCGCAAAAUCAAAAGCCGAAAAGCAACAACUAUCUCACAGUGCCCGAUUCCGAUUCGAUACGGCCGAAGAGUGUGCCAUCAUCGCCUAUGGUAAAGCGCGCUUUUAGCCGGCUGGGUACCAUCACCGCCGGUUGGGGUCGUUCGAUACGUAAUAAGAAUACGAAUCAACUGAAUCCGGAGGAUAAAAAGAAAUGGAUAUCUUCAACGGAUUGUUCCAAUCGAGACAGCAAAGACAAGGAUAAGGAUAAGCCGGGCAAUAAUCAGCUGGCCGUGCCGCGGCUCUCGGUGUGUGCCGAUGCACAAAAGGUCGAUCGCGCGAAGUUGGCGCAGACAGAGUUCAACAUCAUCGAGUUCGAUCCAGACACAUUUCGAGUGCUGUUGGAUUAUCUACAUACGGGCACGUGUCCGCUGACCUGUGUCUCCAUACCAGGUUUGCUUUGCGCUGCGGAGCACUAUGAUCUACCUGAGCUGUUGCAGGCUUGCUUUCACCAUUGCAAACAGUUCCUACGCAUCGAGGUUGUCUGCCCGAUGCUGAUUUCGCUGGAGAACUACUACUGGCGCUACACGUCCGCCUCCGAGUUGGUCAACAUGAUACUCUCCUUUGUAGAGAACAAAGCGCAUGCGCUCUUCAAAUGUCCCGAAUAUCUUAAUCUCUCCGAAUCGAUGGUGCAGAUGAUUAUGAAUCGGGAAUUACAAACACCCGAGAUACGCAAAUUCGAAGCGAUGCUGAUGUGGGCGAAAAACAAGGUGGCGAAAAUGAAAAAUCAUCCCAAUAAGGAUACACAAUUCGAGUUCGAAUGCAUUAUGGAACGUUUGACGCGCGAUCUCAAUCUGUGUCGCAUAUCACCGAGCGAACUCUUGACGGUGGUCUUGCCCUCGAAAGCGCUCAAAAACGAACGCAUCAUGGAGACACUUAUGAUGCAGGUGAACCUAGGCACCUAUCGCAUGCAGGAGCUGGACGAGUACCGGCAGCAGUUGCGCAGCCAAGAAUCAGCCGAGGCGACGGUACAAGUGCAUCGGGGUGGAUGAGAUAGUAAGAAUGUUAGUUUCGAUUUCGAGCAUGGUGAAGGUGGUGGCGGUGGCAGCGUCAUGAGGAGACGCACAAGUGAUGAUCGUGAUGCCGAUGGCGACGACGAAGCGGAAGAAGAACAGUAUGCACGUGCGAUCGCGAUAUCUGUGCGUGGCGUCUCCACGGAAACCUACGACGCAUUAGAUAACGAGGUAGAGAUGUAUGCGAGCUUUGAGGCCGCGCCGAGUACGAGUCGUGUUGCGGCUCAAAUGCAAAAAUCGCGUCGUAAGCGUUGGGCGGCAGAUGGCGCGUCGGGCAGCAGCGAUGGUGGCGGUAGUAAUAGUGGUCGUAGGCACUAAAUAUGCAGAAUAGAGGAGGAUCGGUGGUUGGUAGUUGGUGGUGAGUGUAUUCGGUUUGUGGGCAGGUCACCUUGACAAUUUCAGCGCUCUCUCUCGGGACUUAAGUUAGAAAAUACUUAAACCAAUGUUUCAUUUCCAAAUACCUUUGGGAUACACCGACGUUAUACUCUUUCGUUAAGCAGAACUUUGACGUGAUAUGAAAACACGCACAAUUUUGACAUUUAGACAAUGUGAAUAUAUGAUUUCCAAAGCGUUCCACUGCCAUAAUUUGUAUUUCGUUUAAACUAAUUGCACAAAAAAUUGUUUUACAGCGAAAUUAAUAUACCCGGCAAAAUUUUAACGAAUUUUAACUUUGUUGCUUUUAAAUUCAAAACAUUCCAUUCCCACUUCGGGGCGCACAGCACUUUACCCGAGCUUUAAAAGUAUGUAUGAAUAAAAGUUUCUACUAACAAAUAGAAGAAUAAAGAAUAGGGGAUUUUCUCAUGUUUUUUCUCUGUUAUGUGUCGAUUUCAUUUAGUUCCGUUCCAAUUCCAUUCCGUUCCACAUCAUAUUUAAGCACAUUUUAACGAUUUUAGCCAUGCCAGGAAAUUUUACGUUACAGAGUUUAUUAAUUCUCGUUUCGUUCCUUAUUUAAUACAUUGUUCAGUUUAUUAAGUUCAUUUUUUAUAUAAUACAUGUACAUAUUAAUUUCCAUAGCAUUUCUUAUUUAAAUAUUGAGUUUCACAUUAUUUAUUGCUUUAUUUUAGCCUUUCAGCCUUUCAGCCUUUGUAAAAGGUGUUAAAUUAUCUUGUUCCAAUGCCACUUCAUUCCAUAACGAUUUUAAUAUGAUUUUCAAGACCCUUUGCAUUUAUUACAGAAAUUUUCUACAUAAUUUCGGUUUUCUGUUUAAUAUUUUACAUUUGUUCCAUUUCCUUUAAGUUUCUUGUGAAAUCUUAGUGUUUUUUUUAAGCUACAUAAUUUUUAUUUUCGCAUAUUUUUAUUGUUGAAGUGUUUGCUGCAAUUAUUUUGAUGUUCCACUCAAAUUCCAAUUCGUUCCGUUCCGAUUCCAUAUCGUUUCACACGCUAAUUUACAAUCUUAAGUGCACUUUAAAUGUAAACCUCAAUGUUUUAUGUAUUUUUACACAAUUAAAGAUGUUUGGUUUCAUUACAAUGGCGUUCCGCAGGCAUUUCACAACAAUUUAUACAUUUAUUUUUUUUUAAUUUUUAAUAAUAAAUAAUUUUUGUUUUAAAUAAUAUUAUGAUAUAAAAAAUUUUUGUUUGGUGCAUUACCACAAAAUAUUUUACUUCUUCCCUUACCCUCUAAUCCAUAAACUCUAUAUGCCAACACCAACCACCACGUCAACUUUAAUUUAGCCGUAUGUGAUGUGCCCAACCAACAACUAUGCACAUUAAUAUGUGUACCCGCCUAACUGUAUGUUUCCAUAUAUGUACAGCUGCGAGCAUUGAAAUAGUAGUGGGUGUUAGAGCUUUACAUAUCUGUGAGUUAUGUAACAUGCCAAACAAUUUUAACAUCCAUUGAAAUGCGAAAGUGGAUCAUAUUUACCAGGCUAUGUUUACCACUAAAAAUAUUUAGAUUUGAAUAUGUACAAGAUGUGUUUAUUUACAAAGAUGUAUUUAUGUAUGAAAAUUUUGUGGAGCAGUAAAAUAGUAGUAAAGUAAAAAAAAAUUUUUUUAAAAAAUACUGAAGGAUUUUUGCAAGUUUCGUCUAUAGGAGAUCUUAGUACUUGGUAGCGUGGCCAUGAUUUUUGAUAACAGCAAUACAUCGCUUCUUCAGAGAAUCUACGAGACUGUGGCAUCUUUUCAGUGGUAUGCUCUGCCAUGAUUGCUGCACUACGGUCCACAAUUCGUUGUUGUUUUUGUGUUUAUCCUUCCACACGGCUUUCUUGACAUCUGCCCAACGGUUUUCAAUAGGAUUGAGGCCAGGGGAUUGAGCUGGCCUAUCCAUGACCUCAACUCCAUUGACCCGAAACCACUAUUUUGCCACCCUACUGGUGUGCUUCGGACCAUUAUCCUGCUGAAAUAUCCUUUUCAGCGGCAUGUCUUCUUCAGCAAAUAGUAUCAUAAUAUGCUGCAUUAUAUCCACUAUGUGUAUCGGAUAUUAUGCCAGUAAUCUUGUAAAUUGGGACUACACAAAAAAAUUUGGCCUGUAAGAUAAACAGCCCAAACCAUGAUAUUCAAACCGCCAUGCUUCAAAGUUUUUGUGCUGAAUCUGGGGUCGUACUCUGUAUUAGGGGAGCGUCUUAGACACUGACAGGACCCUUUACCGCCGUAUAGAACAACUUUCGACACGUCUGUCCACAAGAUGCUGCGCCAUUUCUCAAUCGGCCAAUUCAGGUGUCCUUUGGCGAAUUUAAGACGUCUUGCUACAUGAUUUUUUUUUUAAUAACGGUACUUUUCGAGGACUGCGGACAUAUAAAUUAUGUUCAUGUAGAAGUCUUCUCACUGUAUGAACACCGCAGGCCAGGUUAAGUUCAUUCCGAAUCUCCAUAGCUGACAUUCUAGGUCGAGUCUUGGCACAUCUUACAACUAUUCGUGUAAAAUUCUCAGAAAGAAUCCGUCUUGCGCCACUUUUUUUGUAUUUUAUUUAUAAAUAAUGGCAUUGCGAAUCGUUGUGGCUUAACACCCUACAAGUCUUUCCACUCCCUUGUAGGAUUUACCGUUUUUUAUGACAGAUUGAAUCCAUUCUCGUUUUUCUUCACUACAGGGCUUCCCCCGGCCCAAUAAAAGGGACAAAGUCAUAUUUGUUUUGCUUUUUGCAUUGAAUAAUAUAUAAAAGAUUAGGAAACUUACUUUUUGUGUGAUAAAAUUAAAUUUUUUUUAGUAAAAAUGAUCUGUUUGUAAUCAGCUCACCGUUCACUACUAUUCUAUUGCUCGCUCAUAAAAACAGAUAUCCCAAUAAAAUUGGCUCUAAAAAAGUAACGGUAAGUGUUGCACACUUAUUGUUGUGAAUAACAGGACCGUUAUACUUCAGAGAAUAUAACUAAAAUAAUGAUCGAAGACAAUAUCAUAAAAUAAACAAAAUUUAAAGCAAAACUCUCUUGGCCAAUAGGCACUACUAUUUCAAUGCUCGCAACUGUAUGUGAG